AUGGUGUCUAGACGGCGGAUAUUGUCACGUUCACGUGACGACCUCUCUCAGGCGCUCGCGCAAGAGGAAGAGGAAGAUGUGUGGUAUCAAAAGGAUAAGCUUUAUAAGGAACACAUACAGGAAGUUUUAGACAAAUGGACACAAAUAGACGACGAAAUAUGGGCCAAAGUGAUAGUUUUCGAAAAGAAUCGUCGUGUAGCGAAAGCCUACGCGCGUGCGCCAGUCCUCACUAUCAACGGAUCUGAUGAUGGAUUUGAUGGGAUGAGGUAA